AUGGGUCAGAUCGUGAGGAGGAAGAAGAAAGGCCGUCCUUCCAAAGCAGAUCUAGCUCGCCGUUCCGGUCAAUCUCCGGUGACUUCACAAUCGGACUUACGACGGAGCCGGCGACAGAGAAAUGUGAGGUAUAAUAUAGACUACGAUGAUUACAUCGACGAGGAAGACGAGGAGGAAGAUGAAGAUGAGAGAAGGAGAGAGAAGAAGAAGCUGAAGCUUGUGGAGAAGCUCAACCAGGGUGUAGAUGAGGAGGAAGAAGAUGAAGAUGAAGAUGACUCAUUGCCCAGUCGCGGUAGGCCGCGUGUGAUACACGCACGCGGGGUUCAGUCUGAGAAACGAAAGUUUGGAAGGAAAAACGAUGAUGAUGAAGAAGAAUAUGAAGAGGAAAGGGAAGAGGAAGAAGAAGAAGAAGUUGAAGAAGCGGAUGAAAUUGCAGAGGAACACGAAGAUGAAGAAGGUGAAAGGGGUGAGGUAAAGGGCUUAAAAGUGGAUUCCAAAGGGCUCCACUCUGUUACAGGAACCCCUUUGAAGAUUCUGUCUGUGAUUCCGUUGCCGGAUAAGAGGAUGCUUGAAUUGAUCCUUGACAAGCUUCAGAAGAAGGACACAUAUGGUGUGUAUGCAGAGCCAGUUGAUCCGGAAGAGCUUCCUGAUUAUCAUGAUGUGAUUGAUAAUCCCAUGGAUUUUGCCACUGUGAGGAAUAAGUUGGCAAAUGGAUCUUACACUACAUUGGAACAAUUUGAGAGUGAUGUAUUUUUGAUUUGCUCAAAUGCUAUGCAAUACAAUUCGUCCGACACAAUAUACCACAAACAGGCACGUUCAAUACAAGAACUAGCUAGAAAGAAGUUUGAGAAGUUAAGGAUCAACUUAGAACGCACUCAGAGUGAGCAGAAAUCUGAACAAAAAACAAGAUCCAAUUCCUUAGGUAAGAAUCAAGCAAAAAGGCCACUUGGUUAUGCUUCACAGGAGCCUGUUGCCUCUGAUUUAUUCUCUGGCGCAACUCUUGCCACUACUGGAGAUGUACCGCCAAUUUCCCAUCCAAUGCAAGGUAUCCUCUCCGAAAGGCCUGGCAACAUUGAUGGCCUUGUGGCGGGGAAUGCUUUCUUUAUCGAUGCAAAUCAAGAGAAAGCAGAAGACUUUAUGUCAGGGAAAGGCCUUCUCUCCAAGAUGGGAAGGAAAUCAUCUGUGCAAGAUUAUGAAAGGAAAUCAUAUGUACAAGAUUAUGAACGCCGUGCUACUUAUAAUACGUCUAAUCUAUCGGUUACUGGAUCUGAUUCAAUAUUUACGACGUUUGAGAGUGAAGUUAAGCAGUUAGUUACUGUUGGACUUCAGGCUGAGUAUUCCUAUGCUAGGAGUUUGGCUCGUUAUGCUGCAACUCUAGGACCUACUGCCUGGAAAAUAGCUUCUCAGAGGAUUCAACAGGUACUGCCAUCUGGCUGUAAAUUUGGUCGUGGUUGGGUUGGAGAGUAUGAACCACUCCCAACCCCAGUAUUAAUGCUUGAUAACCGUGUCCAGAAACAACAUAGUCUGCCAACAACGUUGCAGUCUAUUACUAAAUUAAUAAAGGUUGGUAAAGAUGGUAAAAAUGUAGAAUCCACCUUGAAAUGUCCUGUAAAUGAACCGAUGUUUGAGGGAAAGCAGCCUUCAAUUCGCCCUGGCAGUGGGCUAACUUCAGAGGCAAAACCAUCUUUGUUUGGCUCUGCUGGAUUAAGACCGAGUACUUCUAACAAUCUUAUUCAUCAGCAACCAAAUGUCCAAACCAGGAACAUUGGAAAGUCUGAGAAUAAAGGUUUGAAACAAGUGGAGUUGAACUCUUUACCCUCGAGCGAUCAAAACAAUGCCAGUUUAGUUGCAAAACUUAAAAGUAAUGCUCCUGCAGCUGUUUCUAAACCUAGAGAGAUGGUACAAAGUAACAUGAAUAUUUUAACAUCUAUGCCUUUCAAGCAGCCAGAUGCUAACGGGGUUGUUAGUGGAGAGUUACCCAAUGGAAAUGUCAGGAAUACUAGUUUCAAUAGACGGAUGACUGCUCCGCCAUCUGAAAGUACAUCAAUUCAAACAGUCAGAUCAGCUCCCUUUGUUACCCAUGGGCACGAGCAGAGUCUUAGCGACCCAGUUCAGAUGAUGAGGAUGUUAUCUGAAAAGGCUCAAAAGCAGCAGGGAUCUAGUUCAUCUAAUCACCCCCCUACUGAAACUCCACCAGUUCAGAUGAUGAGGGUGUUAUCCGAGAAUGCUCAAAAGCCGCAGGCUUCUGGUUCGUCUAAUCAUUCCCCUGCCGAUACUCCACCAAUAACUCCAAAUCCACCGGGACGGAGAGAAGACUUGAGCAAUGCUUCAGCAGCUGCUGCCCGUGCAUGGAUGUCUGUAGGAGCUGCAGGAUUUAAACAAGGACCUGAAAAUUCUAGUUCACCCAAAAGUCAGAUUUCUGCAGAGUCAUUGUACAACCCGGCCCGUGAGUACCAGCAGCAUCUUUCACGAAAUAGGGGCGAGUUUCCUUCUGGUGGAAUGCCUUUCCAGUCAGAGAAGAACUGUUUUCCAUUUCAGGCACUUGUACCACAACAUCACGCAAUUGGUGCUUCACAGUUUUCAAACCGACCUAUGGUUUUCCCUCAACAACUAGCAGGUUCCGACCUAUCAAGAUUUCAAAUGCAGCCGCCUUGGCAAGCUGUCCGGCCUCAUAGUCAACCAAGACAGAAACCGGAAACACUUCCUCCUGACUUGAAUAUUGGUUUCCAGUCACCUGGGUCCCCAGCAAAACAAUCUUCUUCUGGUGUAGCAGUUGACUCACAGCAACCAGACCUUGCUUUGCAGCUAUGA